AAGUAAAAUUGGCGCUAUCCACGCUAGCGUUGUCUAAAGAUGGUAUGUGAAUGGGAAUCAUUUGAUUGAGAAAGCAAGAUAUCCUCAUGUGCUGACGCCCAUUUGUCUCCUGGAACGGCUCAAUGGGUGGAUUCGACUGAGAAUAUGGUCUGAUCACCAUGGAUAAUUGAAAAGCAUGGAAAGUGCCCUUGUGUACGUUUACGUAACUUCGUCUGCUUCGUGCUUUGGCGGGCACUCGAGAUUUUGGACAACCAGGACUUCUGUUAGUUUCAGGUGAGCAUUAGAACCCAUGCCAAGUGUGGAUCCAUUAAGGUGAUUUUCAACUUGGCCGAAUCGGCACAACUCAAUUUCCAAACGGAACACGUGUGUGGCUUGAGUCAGACUGUUCGUAUGUGAAACACGAUUUCUAACGUUUCAGUUACCAAAAUGGUUCCAAGACAGCCGCACUUGUUGUGGAUCUUGGUCGCAAAUCUAACCUUUGGAUUUGUGUCCACUCAGGUUCUCAAUGAGACGUGUGUUUGGAGAAGUGUCAAGGACAACAACACGCAAGAUUCUGUGCUUGGUCUGUCCCAAGACUUUCUGGAAUUCAAGCAAAGGUUCAACCCCAUAAUGGCCAGCUUUCGAGGGUUUCAUCAAUUUGAUGACAAACUACCACCUUUUAACGAGGCUUGUUACCAUGAUAUGCGGAAAGCAUGCGACAUCUUCAUCCAAAGAACUGAUGCGGUCCUCAAGGGUGACGUGUCUGAUUUGGAUGCUUUGUACAUAAGUACUAUCAAAUGGGAGUGUCGGAUGUUUCAGGAAGGCGUGGACUUGAAGACCUAUGUCUUGGCUAACGUAGGACAUUUCCAAGGCUUGCAAUCGACCAUGAUAGAUUUCCUCAAUAAUCAAGAGCAUUUGUAUGACUUCUCGAACGUUACAGACCUGGAGAAACCGUUGAUCCGGUUGCAAUCCUUGCCCAAGUUAAUGGACGAUAUCACGACGCUUCUUCGUCAAGGAAUCGAUAUUGGCAUGACCAUAUCCAGGCAAAACAUGCCAAAGAUCAAAUCCCAAUUCCAAGCUAUUCAAGGCCAACUUCCUGAAAACUCAACCCUUUUUAAGGUGUUCAAGGAGCUUCCCAAUCAAUUCGGAGAAGAUUCAGUUCGGGCGAUCCAGGAUAGGGCCAAAAGCUUCAUUGGGAACCAACUCAUGCCAGCCUAUCAAAAGCUGGAGAACUUCAUUAGCAACGAAUACGAAAGCCACGCUCGAAAAACGGCAGGAAUAUUCAGCUUUCCCAAUGGAAGGAACAUCUAUCAAAAAUGUCUGGAGUUUUACACCACAAUCGACGACAUUACCGCUGAAGAGAUUCACCAAAUUGGAUUGGAAGAGGUGAGGAACUUGAAGAAAUCCAUGUUGGACGUGAUGAAGGAUUUAAAUGUCAACAUGACCUUUCAAGAGUUCUCGUCCUACGUGAGAGACACUCCCGGUCAAACGUUCCAAACUCAAGAGGAACUUCUUGAUUACUUCCAAUCACUCCUCAGCGAUGUGAUCAACCCAAAGUUACCUCUCAUUGUCCCCAGAGAGCUCUUGAAUGACCAAAUCCUGAAGCCAUCGAUCCUUCCCUCACCUCCUGGAUCCGGCGGUUUAGCGUCCUUCAAUUCUGGCUCCGUGGACGGCAAGCGAGCUGGGGCAAUUUUCAUUAACUUGGAAAACUUGAACGCCAUAAAAAAGUUCGAACUUAUGACUCUCAUGAUGCACGAGGGCAACCCUGGACACAAUUUUCAUUCAGGGUUUAAGGAAAAAUCCCCGGCCUUACCUCAUUUGGCGUACCCACCAUUUGGACGGCACGUCACCGUUCCUGCCAAUUUCCCAAUUUACUCUGCCCUCUCCGAGGGAUGGGGCUUGUACUCGGAAUAUCUUGGCCUUGAAUUGGGCCUUUACAAAGAUCCCUACGAUUUGAUCGGGUUCUACUCCUGGAACUUGCUCAGAGCAGCCAGAUUGGUGGUGGACACGGGUAUUCAUCAUUACGAAUGGACUGCGGAGAAGGCUGUCGAAUACGUCCUUGAGAACACGUUUUUGAGUCGGCAUUGGGCUGAAGGCCAAGUCAACCGAUACAUUGAUUGGCCGGGACAGGCAACGGCCUACAAAAUCGGAGAGAGAUACAUCAAGAAGAUGAGACUGAAGUAUGAGGAGUUGUUUGGCGAUCAAUUGAGCCUUCCGGAGUUCCAUAGAAGGAUUCUUACUUGUCAAGUACCGUUGGAUAAAUUGGAGCAGUGUUUGGGAAUCUUGGAUGAAAUGAAUGGGGACCCUGUAGUGUCGGCUCUCCACAACUCAUCUUUCAAUGCCCUUCCCGUAAUUUCGGUGAUAGCAGUUUCACUGUUUACCGUUGUUUUGAUGAAAACCCACGUACGACAACAGUAAAUAUAGUAGAUCAUCUUGAUGCAUCCAUA